CGCGGAUUGAUUGAAGAGACCAGACAGAGAGCUCAAGACAGGCACAUAAAUCAAGAAUCUGUGAUGGAAUUCGAAUCAGAUAGUCUUCGAAAUGCAAGUCAUACCUUUCCUGAAACCAGACAGCUUUCAACUCAAAUUGCCCGCGUCCUUUAUUAUGCUGCAUAUAUUCUACAUUUUGGUCUCUCCGAAGUGCAAAAAAUCUGCCCAAAGUCGCGGUAGAAAACUGUACAAAGUCUGGAAGAUAUAUGCGCAGUGCCCAUUUGUAGAAGUGAAUAUCAUAGCCACAGUCUCGAAGAAGUGGCAGCCACGUAAAAAUCACACAACUUUCCAGUUUCUUAUGUCCAUGUACCGCCUCAUUCUGACGCAGAUCACGGAUCCUCCAAACAAAAUUCAAGAAUAUGCGAUUCGUGUAAACAAUGCGGGCGGCAGGGACGAAAAGUUGAAAGAUCUUCCUCCAGAGAUAGAGGAUCUACUUAUAGACUUUGCGGAAGACGACUUAGGUUACGGACAGGAUGAGUUGGUGCCGGGUUUUGAAGGCGAUUUGGAAGCGUCUAGCUUCUACGAAAGCCUGGGAAACAAUGAAGAGGAAAGAAGGAAAGAGCUGUUGCAGAUGAGAAAAGAGCGAGCUCAAUGGCGGCCACACCUUUAUCAGGCCUUGCAGAAAGCUCUAAGGGAUGUCCGAGCAUCGAAAUACGAAAAGAGUGACAAUACGUGGAGCCCUAGUAAUAAACAGAAAAGGAAGAUUGUGGCUGUGCCCGAGGAGGACAUCGAAAGAACAAGUAAUAGGCAGAAAAGAAAAGCUUUGGUCGAGGCUGCCGAAGACAACAUCGAGAUAGUAGAUGAUGAAACAUGUUAUAGAUGCCUUUGAGAACAAUGGGAGUAGAACAGCGCAAUAAGGAUAUCAUCAUUUUUUGUAGAUUGUUUGUUUCUCUGUUCUGAUUGUGGCUAUUUUUCAUGUAUAUUCUGG